AUGAUCUGUAACAAUUAUAAUCAGUUCUUCUUCUACAUCCCAGUUGUUGGCGAUGGUAAAUACGAGUUGAAAAUCGAAGCGACUUCGUGCAACAUUAAAAAAAUUGACUUGAAAUUCUACGGCAUCGAAAAGGCCACGUGCCAAGUGACGAUUAAAUGCAACGGUGCGGAAUGGAAAACGAGCGACGAGCGAGGUUUGGACCCGACCUGGGAGCAACACGUCAUUUUCAAAAUCAACGACCCGGAGACGGACAAGAUCUCGGCGGUGUUCCACUGCGCCGGCAUCCAGUUAGGCGACGAACAGUUUUACGCCUUGGACAAAUUGUUGAAGGGCAAACAGACGUUUAAAGGGUUGGUUGUUCCGGGUGGUAAAGCGGACAUGCUCUUCACCGCGGUUGACUUUGGAUCGGAAGAAGCGCCGGAAGAGGAUGACGCUUUUAUGGACUUUCUGUAA